GCAGAAAUACUGUGCAUGGGAAAUAGUUUUGGAGUCAAAGAGUACAAGAAAUGAAGGAUGAGAAUGAAGGUGGAUGACUGCCAGUUUGUCUGCAUCGUGCAGCAAGAUUAUUGCCGUAUCCUCAACCAAGUGGAGAAGAACAUGCAGAAAGUCGAAGAGGAGGGAGAGAUCGUCAUGGUAAAAGAGCACCGAGAGCUUGACCGGACCGGAACCAGGAAGGGCCACAUUGUCAUCAAGGGCACCUCCGAGAGGCUGAUGAUGCAUCUGGUGGAGGAGCACUCGGUGGUGGAUCCAACCUUCAUAGAGGACUUCCUGCUGACCUACCGGACAUUCCUGUCUAGCCCAAUGGAAGUGGGCAAGAAGUUGCUGGAGUGGUUUAACGACCCGACCCUCAGGGAUAAGGUGACAUGGGUAGUCCUGCUGUGGGUGAACAAUCACUUCAGUGACUUUGAAGGAGACCCUGAAAUGACUCGAUUUCUAGAAGUGUUUGAAAAUAACAUGGAAAGAGAGAAAAUGGGCGGCCACCUCAAGCUGUUGAACCUGGCCUGUGCUGCGAAAGCCAAAGGAAGGCUGAUGACGCUGACCAAGCCGUGCCGAGAGGCCCCGCUGCCCUUCCUCUUGCUCGGUGGCUCUGAGAAGGGCUUUGGGAUCUUCGUGGACAGCGUGGACCCCGGCAGCAAAGCAGCCGAGGCCGGCUUGAAGCGUGGCGAUCAGAUAUUAGAAGUAAAUGGUCAAAACUUUGAAAAUAUCCAGCUGUCAAAAGCCAUGGAAAUUCUUAGAAAUAAUACACAUCUGUCUAUCACUGUGAAAACAAAUUUAUUUGUAUUUAAAGAACUUCUACCAAGAUUGUCAGAAGAGAAGAGAAAUGGUGCCGCACACCUCACUAAAAUCAGAGACAUCAAGAAGGCCAGCUGCUGCUCCAUCCUGGACCUGGCCGUGGACGUGGAGCAGGUGAUCGGCCUGGAGAAGGUGAACAAGAAGAGCCAAGCCAACACGGUGGGAAGGAGGAGCAAGCUAAAGAAGAUCCUCAACAAGACCCAGAUCAGCGUCUUACCUCAGAGACCAUACAAGGAUAUUGGGAUCUGUCAGCCCCAGGACCACAGCACUGUGGGGCUGCAGCAGACAAACCACAUCCCAGCCUCUCUACCUGUCAGCGAGACCUUGUCCUCCAGCAAACCCGACCUGCUGCAGUCACAUCAUAGCAUCCUGGACUUCUGUGCCACUCCUGACUUUCCAGAUCAAGUGCUGAGGGUUUUUAAGGCUGAUCAGCAGAGCCGAUAUAUCAUGAUCAGUAAGGACACCACGGCGAAGGAAGUGGUCAUCCAGGCCAUCAGGGAGUUUGCCAUCACUGCCACCCCGGAUCAGUACUCGCUGUGUGAGGUCUCCGUCACCCUGGAGGGUGUCAUCAAACAAAGGUGCCUUCCAGACCAGCUCUGCAAACUUGCUGACAGAAUACAGCUGAGUGGAAGGUACUACUUGAAAAACAACAUGGAGACAAAGAUGCUGUGCUCAGACAAGGACGCGCAGGAGCUGCUACGCAAGAGCCAGAUUUCCCUGCUGCAGCUCAGCCCCACUGAAGUCUCCAAGCAGCUCUCCAUGCGCAACUUCGAGCUCUUCCGGAACAUCGAGCCCACCGAGUACAUCGAUGACCUGUUCAAGCUGAGGUCCAAAACCAGCUGUGCCAACCUAAAGAUGUUCGAGGAGGUCAUCAACCAGGAGACCUUCUGGGUGGCCUCAGAGAUUCUCAGGGAGACAAACCAACUGAAGAGGAUGAAGAUCAUUAAGCAUUUCAUCAAGAUAGCGCUGCACUGCAGGGAGUGCAAGAACUUCAACUCCAUGUUCACCAUCAUCAGUGGCCUGAACCUGGCACCAGUGGCAAGACUUCGGACCACCUGGGAAAAACUUCCCAAUAAAUAUGAAAAGCUGUUUCAGGAUCUCCAAGACCUGUUUGAUCCUUCCAGAAACAUGGCCAAGUACCGCAAUGUCCUCAACAGUCAGAACCUGCAGCCCCCCAUCAUCCCCCUGUUCCCAAUCAUCAAGAAGGAUCUCACCUUCCUGCACGAAGGAAAUGACUCAAAAGUAGAUGGACUGGUCAACUUUGAGAAGCUCAGGAUGAUUGCCAAGGAAAUUCGUCACGUGGGCCGCAUGGCCUCAGUAAACAUGGACCCGGCCCUCAUGUUCAGGACUCGGUCCCUCAGCCAGGGCAGCACAAAUGCAGUGGUGCUGGAUGUUGCCCAGACAGGCGGGCACAAGAAGCGGGUGUGCCGCAGUUCCUUCCUCAAUGCCAAGAAGCUCUACAAGGACACCCAGAUGGCUCGCAAAGUGAAGCAGUACCUGUCCAACCUGGAGCUCGAGAUGGACGAGAAGAGCCUGCAGAUGCUGUCGCUGCAGUGUGAGCCAGCGACCAGCACUCUGCCUAAGCACCCUGGUGACAAAAGGCCCCUCAAGUCUGAGACCUCCCAGGUGGCGCCCAGGGCAGAGUGCCAGCAGAAGGCUCAGCCGCAGCCCCUGCCAAAGCCACAGCCAGUGCAGAAGCUUGGCCAGGGCCUGCAGGUGACCGCCAUGUCCCUCUACCCGUCCCCAAGGAAGAUGCCUGUCAAGGAACUCCCGCCCUUCGGCAUAAACUCUCCGCAAGCUUUAAAGAAGAUCCUCUCGCUGUCUGAAGAAGGCAGUCUGGAGCGCCACCCAAAGCAGGCGGAGGACAUGCUGUCCAGCGCGUCCUCCAAGCUCUUGUCUUCACCCACAUCCCCGCAGAGCUCGCCCAGGAAAGGUUACACCCUGGCCCCCAGCUGGAGCGUGGACAACUUCUCCGACUCUGGCCCCAGCGAGAUCUCCUCUAGGUCCGGUAUGGUCAGAAACUCCUCCUUGGACUCGGUGCCCAUGGCCCUGCAGGAGGAGCGGAGGCAGCAGCACUCCGUGAGCCUGGUGGAGAUCGGCCUGGGCGUUGUCAGGGCAGAGCAGCAGACAGUGCUAGAGCCAGACCAGUACAGCCUGGGGUCCUAUGCAGCCAUGGCCCUGGCCCAGGACGUGUUUGCCACAGCCAUGGUGCUCUCGCAGGACCAGGGCUAUUGCACGUCCCUGGAUGCCGCCAACAGUGGCCAUGGGAGCUGGACCUCAUGCUCCAGUGACUCGCACAACAACAUCCAGACCAUCCAGCACCUGAGGAGCUGGGAGACCCCACUGUUCGGGCCUGUGCUCUGCGAUUACCCCGGGGACCCCAUGGGGCUCUGGGCCAACAGGGGCCACCUGGACCACUUGAUUUUUGCCGAGGAUGGCCAGAAGGGCGACAGACAGAACCCAAUCGAAGAAAGCCUGGAGCAGGCGCAGUCCAGGGCCCGCUGGGCCUCUCCCACUGGCUCCAAGGACAUGUCCCUUGAGGCCGAGAAUGGCAGCAGCCUGGCGCCCGCGCCCACAGAGGAGCCCAAGGCUGGCCCUGUGCCAGCCCUCAGGGUGGCCACCUCGAGCGCUACCAAGGGGCUGGUCGGCAUAAACUCUCCGCAAGCUUUAAAGAAGAUCCUCUCGCUGUCUGAAGAAGGCAGUCUGGAGCGCCACCCAAAGCAGGCGGAGGACAUGCUGUCCAGCGCAUCCUCCAAGCUCUUGUCUUCACCCACAUCCCCGCAGAGCUCGCCCAGGAAAGGUUACACCCUGGCCCCCAGCUGGAGCGUGGACAACUUCUCCGACUCUGGCCCCAGCGAGAUCUCCUCUAGGUCCGGUAUGGUCAGAAACUCCUCCUUGGACUCGGUGCCCAUGGCCCUGCAGGAGGAGCGGAGGCAGCAGCACUCCGUGAGCCUGGUGGAGAUCGGCCUGGGCGUUGUCAGGGCAGAGCAGCAGACAGUGCUAGAGCCAGACCAGUACAGCCUGGGGUCCUAUGCAGCCAUGGCCCUGGCCCAGGACGUGUUUGCCACAGCCAUGGUGCUCUCGCAGGACCAGGGCUAUUGCACGUCCCUGGAUGCCGCCAACAGUGGCCAUGGGAGCUGGACCUCAUGCUCCAGUGACUCGCACAACAACAUCCAGACCAUCCAGCACCUGAGGAGCUGGGAGACCCCACUGUUCGGGCCUGUGCUCUGCGAUUACCCCGGGGACCCCAUGGGGCUCUGGGCCAACAGGGGCCACCUGGACCACUUGAUUUUUGCCGAGGAUGGCCAGAAGGGCGACAGACAGAACCCAAUCGAAGAAAGCCUGGAGCAGGCGCAGUCCAGGGCCCGCUGGGCCUCUCCCACUGGCUCCAAGGACAUGUCCCUUGAGGCCGAGAAUGGCAGCAGCCUGGCGCCCGCGCCCACAGAGGAGCCCAAGGCUGGCCCUGUGCCAGCCCUCAGGGUGGCCACCUCGAGCGCUACCAAGGGGCUGGUCGGCAUAAACUCUCCGCAAGCUUUAAAGAAGAUCCUCUCGCUGUCUGAAGAAGGCAGUCUGGAGCGCCACCCAAAGCAGGCGGAGGACAUGCUGUCCAGCGCGUCCUCCAAGCUCUUGUCUUCACCCACAUCCCCGCAGAGCUCGCCCAGGAAAGGUUACACCCUGGCCCCCAGCUGGAGCGUGGACAACUUCUCCGACUCUGGCCCCAGCGAGAUCUCCUCUAGGUCCGGUAUGGUCAGAAACUCCUCCUUGGACUCGGUGCCCAUGGCCCUGCAGGAGGAGCGGAGGCAGCAGCACUCCGUGAGCCUGGUGGAGAUCGGCCUGGGCGUUGUCAGGGCAGAGCAGCAGACAGUGCUAGAGCCAGACCAGUACAGCCUGGGGUCCUAUGCAGCCAUGGCCCUGGCCCAGGACGUGUUUGCCACAGCCAUGGUGCUCUCGCAGGACCAGGGCUAUUGCACGUCCCUGGAUGCCGCCAACAGUGGCCAUGGGAGCUGGACCUCAUGCUCCAGUGACUCGCACAACAACAUCCAGACCAUCCAGCACCUGAGGAGCUGGGAGACCCCACUGUUCGGGCCUGUGCUCUGCGAUUACCCCGGGGACCCCAUGGGGCUCUGGGCCAACAGGGGCCACCUGGACCACUUGAUUUUUGCCGAGGAUGGCCAGAAGGGCGACAGACAGAACCCAAUCGAAGAAAGCCUGGAGCAGGCGCAGUCCAGGGCCCGCUGGGCCUCUCCCACUGGCUCCAAGGACAUGUCCCUUGAGGCCGAGAAUGGCAGCAGCCUGGCGCCCGCGCCCACAGAGGAGCCCAAGGCUGGCCCUGUGCCAGCCCUCAGGGUGGCCACCUCGAGCGCUACCAAGGGGCUGGUCGGCAUAAACUCUCCGCAAGCUUUAAAGAAGAUCCUCUCGCUGUCUGAAGAAGGCAGUCUGGAGCGCCACCCAAAGCAGGCGGAGGACAUGCUGUCCAGCGCGUCCUCCAAGCUCUUGUCUUCACCCACAUCCCCGCAGAGCUCGCCCAGGAAAGGUUACACCCUGGCCCCCAGCUGGAGCGUGGACAACUUCUCCGACUCUGGCCCCAGCGAGAUCUCCUCUAGGUCCGGUAUGGUCAGAAACUCCUCCUUGGACUCGGUGCCCAUGGCCCUGCAGGAGGAGCGGAGGCAGCAGCACUCCGUGAGCCUGGUGGAGAUCGGCCUGGGCGUUGUCAGGGCAGAGCAGCAGACAGUGCUAGAGCCAGACCAGUACAGCCUGGGGUCCUAUGCAGCCAUGGCCCUGGCCCAGGACGUGUUUGCCACAGCCAUGGUGCUCUCGCAGGACCAGGGCUAUUGCACGUCCCUGGAUGCCGCCAACAGUGGCCAUGGGAGCUGGACCUCAUGCUCCAGUGACUCGCACAACAACAUCCAGACCAUCCAGCACCUGAGGAGCUGGGAGACCCCACUGUUCGGGCCUGUGCUCUGCGAUUACCCCGGGGACCCCAUGGGGCCCUGGGCCAACAGGGGCCACCUGGACCACUUGAUUUUUGCCGAGGAUGGCCAGAAGGGCGACAGACAGAACCCAAUCGAAGAAAGCCUGGAGCAGGCGCAGUCCAGGGCCCGCUGGGCCUCUCCCACUGGCUCCAAGGACAUGUCCCUUGAGGCCGAGAAUGGCAGCAGCCUGGCGCCCGCGCCCACAGAGGAGCCCAAGGCUGGCCCUGUGCCAGCCCUCAGGGUGGCCACCUCGAGCGCUACCAAGGGGCUGGUCGGCAUAAACUCUCCGCAAGCUUUAAAGAAGAUCCUCUCGCUGUCUGAAGAAGGCAGUCUGGAGCGCCACCCAAAGCAGGCGGAGGACAUGCUGUCCAGCGCGUCCUCCAAGCUCUUGUCUUCACCCACAUCCCCGCAGAGCUCGCCCAGGAAAGGUUACACCCUGGCCCCCAGCUGGAGCGUGGACAACUUCUCCGACUCUGGCCCCAGCGAGAUCUCCUCUAGGUCCGGUAUGGUCAGAAACUCCUCCUUGGACUCGGUGCCCAUGGCCCUGCAGGAGGAGCGGAGGCAGCAGCACUCCGUGAGCCUGGUGGAGAUCGGCCUGGGCGUUGUCAGGGCAGAGCAGCAGACAGUGCUAGAGCCAGACCAGUACAGCCUGGGGUCCUAUGCAGCCAUGGCCCUGGCCCAGGACGUGUUUGCCACAGCCAUGGUGCUCUCGCAGGACCAGGGCUAUUGCACGUCCCUGGAUGCCGCCAACAGUGGCCAUGGGAGCUGGACCUCAUGCUCCAGUGACUCGCACAACAACAUCCAGACCAUCCAGCACCUGAGGAGCUGGGAGACGCCACUGUUCGGGCCUGUGCUCUGCGAUUACCCCGGGGACCCCAUGGGGCUCUGGACCAACAGGGGCCACCUGGACCACUUGAUUUUUGCCGAGGAUGGCCAGAAGGGCAACAGACAGAACCCAAUCGAAGAAAGCCUGGAGCAGGCGCAGUCCAGGGCCCGCUGGGCCUCUCCCACUGGCUGCAAGGACAUGUCCCUUGAGGCCGAGAAUGGCAGCAGCCUGGCGCCCGCGCCCACAGAGGAGCCCAAGGCUGGCCCUGUGCCAGCCCUCAGGGUGGCCACCUCGAGCGCUACCAAGGGGCUGGUCGCCACACCGGGCAGGCAUGAGCCUGGGUGCACUAGGGUUUGUGUCCACUCCGGUCUCGAGGGGUCCCCUUCUGCAAGGCAGCCAUGCUCAGAGGCCCAAAGCUGGCUGUGCAUGAGCAGCCCAACAGUGUCAGGGGUUGGACUGCUGCAGCCUGGUGCGGAACCCCUGCUUCACCUAACCGGGUUCUGCUUCCUUGCAGUGUGGAAGGAGGGCCUGUACCCAGAGCCACCUCCAACCCCGCCUGGCUACUUGGGCAUCCUGAUCACAGACUUCGAGGUGCCUCCGAAUCCAGCACUCCGGCCCCCAGAGUAUACUGUGGCGCUGCAGAGCUCAUGCAUGGUGGUGCGGCCCGCGGAGGUCUCAUCCUUGGCACCGGGCGGCAGACCACAGUGGCACAAGCCCAGUGAGGCUGAUCCCCAUCUGGCCCCCUGCCAGGAUCAGGGCUUCUGCAAGGAGGAAGAUGAGGAUGAGCAGGUGUCUGCCCUGUGAGGCCCAGGCCCGGGCAUCGAGCCACGCAGAGGAGCGCACAGAGGACAGCAUCCUACUUGGGCCUCAGAGCAGAGCUUGCCCUGCUACUGAGGACCUUCACUGCUUGCAGUGGGCUGCUCCUCCUACCCCUUUGCAUGUGAAUACUGUGAAGACCACCUCACCAGCACUUUCCAGACUUUGUUGCUUGAAAUGCACAGAGCAGCUAUCUCCCAGUGUAGUGGGCCUUGCCCACAUAGCAUCAUUCCAGAUCCCGCAUGCUGGGGCCCACCGGAGCCGCUCCCUGGGCGCGCUCUCUGUGCCUGGAAGGAAGGCUUUGAAAGGCCUCCCUGUUGGAUCCUAGCUCAGCCCCAGAGCUCGGUGUCAUCAGGAUGAUAAGCAGAGCCUGCCACGGAGACUUGGGACCUCCAGCCCACAGGUGAGGGACUGGAGACCCUUAGAGCGCAGUGCUUGUCCUCUUGUUUACAGUGCUCCUUUUGAAAAUGAGUUCCAAGAGUCAAGGUUAUAGCCCUUUGAUGAUUGCAGUAUUAUUUCUGAACCUCAUGUAGGUUGCCACCUGAGCUUCUAAAAACCCAAAUGUUCUGUCGGGGCGCAGCCAGGUGAGGAUGGAAGGCCUGGCCCUUCCAGUCCAGCCUCUGCCCCCUGCCUCCUCCACGGCGGCAGGCCAUCCUCUGGCCAGGCCUUGGACCUGGAGUGUGUCCUGCUUCCACUGAGACAAGGUGGCAGCCCCUUAAGUUAUAUUUCUUUGAUUUUAGUUACUUUAGAGCUUCCGAAUUUUUUGUUUUGUUGUCUUUUUGAAGAAUAGCUUGUAACUGGAUAGCAUUCGCAGUGAGUGCAGCACUGGCCCUGGGACUGAUGCCAGCUGAGCUUCCUGUCCCCAGGGGCCG